GACUUUAGCCUAGAAAUAGUUAUGACAAAGAAUGUCUCGCUAGCGGAGCGUAAAAACAAAUUCAAGGUUGCGAAGCAAGCGUUUCUGUGAGAGAACGUUUUUUGGCUAAAGAAACCUGUUCAUCUACUUAAGUCACGAAGAAGCAAUGGACUCUGCCGGGAAGACUGAAGGUUACUGCGAAAGUAAUAAUGUCUCUGACGGAGAUCCUAGCCGUAGUCGAGAUGGGGGGGGGAUUUCUCAUGACGGCCCGCGAGCCUGGAGCGUUUGCGCUGCUGCUUUUGUGGUCAGUGUGCUGAUUGUCAGUUGUUCACAAACCUAUGGUACUAUUUUCCCAGUUCUUCUUGACGAGUUCAAGCAGGGUAAAGCAAAGGCAGCAUGGGUUGGCUCAUUGGCCAUCGCGCUCUCCAUGACCUUCUCCCCUGUCGCCGCAAAGCUCAUAGAUCGAUUUGGGCAUCGCCUUGUGUCCCUCGCCGGGGGCGUUUUCGCAGCCCUGGGACUCUUUAUCACGUCACAAGUCAACACAAUAGCAAUGAUGUACCUCACAUACAGCGUCAUCUUCGGCUUCGGCUCGUCUUGCGUGUUUACCCCGGCCUAUACUGUUGUGCCUGGACACUUCACUAAAUGGCAGUCGACGGCGAUGGGACUUAUGGGUAGCUCAAAUGGUCUCUCUCUAGCUAUGAGCAUGUUGAUUAAGACUCUCCUAUCGAACUACGGUUGGAGAGUAACCUUUAUGGCAAUGGGAGGAUUUGCGCUCGCUGAUGCUGUUAUUGGUGGUGUUUUCUUCGUCUCAAAUACCAGAGAACACAAAAGCCAGCCAUCGAAAGAUCAAGUACCGAUAAAUAGCUCUGGUGAUGUACCUUUGUGGAAAAACAAACAUAUACUGGUGUGCGCGUUUGCUAGUUUCUUGUUCCAGUUCGGAAACACUAUCCCGCUAGUUCAUCUAGGCCGCUAUGUCCAGGAUGUUGGUCUAUCGUCAACCCAGGCCGCCUGGCUUUAUAUCGGUUUUGGCGUAAGCUCAACCGUUGGUAGACUGGGCGGAGGAAGGCUUGGUGACGUCAUGCCCUUGUAUACCGUCUAUAUCUAUGGUCUCUCCUGUUUAUUUGCAGGUCUAUCCACGAUUGUCGCAUCUUUUACCACGUCCUUUGCCGUUUUGAUGGUGUGCUACUGUGCGAAUGGUCUUGCUGAAGGCCAUUACGUCUCAUGUGGGAAUAUCAUAAUUGUUCGCGCAUGUUCCGGUCGCAAAAUUGCGCGCGCAUUCGGUUUCUUCUUCGGUGUCAUUUCGUUGGGAUACGCGGGUGGUCCACCAUUUGCAGGCUGGCUAGCUGACCUACUAGGCUCAUACGUGCCGGUGUUACAGAUAGCAGGGGCAAUCACGUGUUCCGGUACACUCGUAAUUUCUUCCCUCAAAUGCAUGAAGUCUCCAGUUACCACCGCUGACCUAGGCGAGCGAGGAACCCAAGUUAAUGAUCAUAAUCUUAGCUACAUUACCACAGGAAAGACACAUGGACAAGAACUACAAGUAGUUGGUCAAAGCUUUCUUGGUCUUCAAACGUGAUCUAUUCUGAAGAUACAACUUGCUAUUGUACUGGGACGGUUGGGUAAUCUCUCUAGCUUGCACGAGCGGAUUUCCAUGUCUCAUGAGGCUUAUUAUUAUUCAAAGGAGCGCGGAUAGGCGUUUUCCUUUUGACAUUAAAGGUGUAAAAGUGCCAUUCAAUCAAUCUUGUUUUGAAAAAUGUCGUUUUUCUAGUGCCCUUGGUCAAUUCCUUAUUAGGACAUUACACACUAUAUUUGAAGUCCGCUACAACACACACACAAAGAGAGGAGAGAGAGAAAAGAAGGCAUUCAAAAGGGUUACACAGUCGUUUAUUAAGUGCUCCUUUUCGGGAAUAUAGUAUCCCUAAAGGUGAAUUGGCGCCACCUAGUCACGAGUCCUUAUCGGGAUAACUGUGCUAAUUGGAUAACCGUGAGAUGCGUGGGAUCUGGGACGAGAUCACUUGAUUACUUAUAACUACUUACUUACGAUAUUGCUUAUAUUAAUGACUCACUCUGAUGUAACAGUAAAUUUAAUUGGGGGCAACCAAGGCAAUUUUAAACUUCAUUAGUUUACUUUCCUUUACUUUUAUGGAGUCCUUUUGCCCAAAUCAGUGUAAUAAUAUGGCAUGUGAACAUUUUACAUGCUUUUAUAAUAUCUUUUUAUGGUAGAAUAAAACUUGGUUUUGUAUUAUA